CAAUUAUUACAAAUGAAACUGCCACGAUGGUCCAGUUAUUUCCUUGCGUUUUAUCUACCGCCACUUGUUCAAGCCUACACGGUCUUUGAAACAAACUGUUCAGCCCCUGUUAUUACGUCGAACUAUGUGUCCUCUCCUAACACUCGUGGUACUCUCGAUAUACUAUGGAGUUCUCUCUUCACAAUCUUUGCUUGCACUUGGACCCUGCAACACCCCAAUGUUCCUAAACAACGAGACGAAGAUACUAAAUGGAAAAAUGUCAAAUGGGGGUUGAAAAAAUUCGGCAGAAGCACACUGCGGAUGCUGUCGACAAUCCUUGCUCCCGAACUGAUAAUUGCUGCGGCUUGUGAUGAUUUCAUAGCGGCACGUGAAAAUCUUAAAAAAAUGAAGAAAUACGCCAAAAGAGAUAAAGUUCCUUGGACUUUAAGGCACAGCUAUUAUGCGAACAUGGGGGGAGCGGAAGCUGCAUCCCAAGGAUCUGCGCCCUUGGGGCCCUACCUUAAUCCAUACCAUCUUACUGGUGCAAACAUUAUAACCCUGCGACGGAACGGUUAUAUUUCGAAAUUGCCUUAUAUAAAAGAAGCGGAAAUCAAAGAUAGAUCCAAAGGCGAUGUGCUCGUCAAAAUCAUUGCACUUGGCCAAAUUGUGUGGUCUAUUUUUCAAAUCGUCGUACGGGCUGUCAGAAGGCUCCCUGUUUCGCCUCUCGACGUUGCCGUCGCGGCCUAUGCUGUUUGCGCAGUCAUCAUAUAUUUCAUCUACUGGGGGAAGCCACAGCGUGUUGAUUACGCUCACACUAUUCAACUUGAUCCUAUGACGCAUGAAAUACUCCAAUUGAUCAAAUUCAACGGUAAUCGCCGAAUAUUUAGGGAGGAAAUGAAGGAGUUAUUGAAGCUUCAGCCAGCUCCUAUGGGUGCUCCAAUAAGCAUGGACUCUUCAAAGAGACCAUGGUACAAAAUGAGGGUUCCAGCUUUUGCAGCUCUUGGUGCCGUGCAGUUUGGUGGAAUUCAUGCUAUUGCGUGGAAUUUCGCUUUCCCAUCAACGUUUGAGUUGAUCUUCUGGAGAUGCGCAAGCAUUUAUAUGACUGCAGCUCCGCUUUGUGCCUGGCUGCUAUUU